UGCUUGCAUUAUCAUCAAAACAAGUUUUAAUUCAUUCUUUGCAUUCUUUGUGAGAUUUAGAAGAAGUAAUUAAGAAGGAAAGUAAUUAGCAUUAAUCAGAGAUGGAUAACUCCCAAAGCAUGAGCUACAAUGCUGGUCAAGCCAAGGGACAAGCAGAGGUUAAGAAGGAUCAGGUAGUGGAUCAAGCUUCCAAUGCUAUGCAAUCUGCAAAAGAAUCAUGCCAACAGGCUGGCCAGCAGAUGAAGGAAAAGGCACAAGGAGCUGCUGAUGCCAUCAAGGAUGCUACUGGAAUGAAGAAAUGAAUUCCAAUGAGCAUUAUCAACCUAACCAAGAAUAAGAUCAAGUUUUUUUGUUUUCAAUAUUUAGCCUACACCAUCAUAUGUAAGAUGGAUUUUGUUUAUUGUUGCUUAGGGAUUUUUAUGUUUUCAGUCAUUUAGAUUGUUAAAUUGUUGCAAAAUAAGUCUUGGUUAGGGUUUUUGUUUAUUGUUGUUUGAAGUGCAAACAAGACUACUGCACUCUUUAUGGAGUUGUAUGAGCCUUAAUAAUCAAUUUAAAUAUUUCAUUAUUCUUCAAA